GAGCACCGCGCUAAUCAUAUGGCAGCAAAAACCAGGCUGAAGGAAGAUGAAGGUCAGAAGGUCAAUUAUCGUGAUAGGUCGAAUUCAGAAAUUAGGGAAUCAUUAGACGUGAAGGCAUCGGCUAAUGUUUGCCAGUUGAGGUCUAUAUUAAAAAGGAAAGACAUUGGUACGGGUUCCAAGCCACAAAAGCGUGUGAGGUUUGACUGUGCUUAUAAAGAUGAUCUGGAAGAACAGUUUGAAGAGUCUGAAGAUUCAGAUGAUGUAUCUCUACCGGCUGAACAUGCCAGACCGCUUCCAGAUUAUUUACGAAAUCCUUCUAGGUAUACAUGCUAUAGUUUCUGUUCAUCAAGUGAAGUUGGUGAAGAAUCUAAUGCUCAAACUUGGGAGGAUGUGCUUAAGCUUGAUACAAGCUCAAAAUCUACAGAAUCAUUGUCAGAGCAUGAUGAUGCACCUCAUGAUCUUCCGAAGUCGGGUGAGUUCUAUCCCAAGGAGAAAAUCAGGCAAUCUUCAACCAGGAAGCGGUACCAGUGACCUUCAGGAGAAGGAAGAUGAAUGUAA